AUGGUCAUCGGUCUUCUUACGCUCGCCGCAAUUCCCACCGUCACAGGCGUGGCGAUGGGAGUCAGCGAGCAACGCAAAGCCAACGAGCGCAAAAUGGACGCACGCCGAAUGGCGCGCUUCAACAUCGAUGUGGACUCAUCAGGCGAAACACAGGAAGAGGAUGAGGUCCGCGGGAAGCGAAUAGUGCUGAGAGAUAACAAGGUGCUGGCCAAGGUCUAUCUUGAUGAUCCUAUCCCCUCCAGUCGCAAAGUCCCCUCUCACACGGCUGAAGCGUUCUACAUCGAUUACCCGGAGCUUGACGAGACGAAACACUUGAAACGGGGGUUGGGGCUUGUGACCACCAUAUCGGAUAACCCCCCCAUGCUGGGCUGGAUUUACGUGGACGAGGAGACGCAUGAACUCAAAUAUGGAAAUCGGUCGCAGAGUGUCUACAAUGUGGUCGGGCCGUGGGAUUGGGCCAACGAAGAGACGACUUUAAUACUGGAAGAGGAGAGUGCGUUCUAUGCUGUGCAGGAAGACGACGGAAGCUGGGCGGUCUACUUUGAUCGGGACGGCGAUGAGCUGGAAUACGUGCUGGAAGAGCAAGAAAAGCUGGAUAAUCCAUUUGCGCCGAUAACCUUGAAAAGGACAAUGGUGCCGCCGCCGAUUGACCCAAGUAGUAAAAAUGGCAAUUCAUGA